CUGACGCACCCUCCCCCCUGCGCGAGUUCACGACAGCGGAGCUGGUGGCGGCGACGAGCAACUUCGCGCGCGUGGUGGGGGAGGGCGGCUUCGGGCGCGUGUACCACGGGCGCCUCACGCACCCUGCGGGGCCGGGCGGGCGCGAGGUGGAGGUGGCGGUGAAGGUGAUGGCGGCGGAGCACAUCACCGGCGGCAUGUCCAGCUUUCAGGUGGAGGUGGCAGCGAUGACGGCCAUGCAGCACCCCAAGAUCCUGCAGCUGCUGGGCUACGUGGGGGACUCGCCCUCGCCCGUGCUCGUCUACGAGUUCAUCCCCCGCGGCGACUGCACCGACAUGCUCAAACAAUCGGCGAAGGGAGAGGUGCACUUCCCGUGGAGGGCGCGGCUGGUGGUGGCGCUGGGGUGUGCGGAGGCGCUGGCCACCAUCCAUGACGCCAACUUCGUGCACCGCGACUUCAAGGCCUCCAACGUGCUGCUCCGCGAGGACCUGACACCAGUGCUGGCAGAUUUCGGGUUGGCAAAGUCGGUGACGGACUGGGCAACGCACGUGAGCACACGGGUGAUGGGCAGCAUGGGGUACAUGGACCCCAUCUACUUCCAGACAGGUCAACUGAGCCGCAAGUCCGACACGUAUGCCUUCGGGGUCUUCCUCCUGGAGCUCGUAUCCGGCUGCCUCGCCCUCGACGAUCGCUUCCAGGAGCUGCGAAAGCUGGUGGUGGCGAAGACCUUUCCGGACCCGGAGCUGGUGGUGGACCCGCGGAUAAAGGGCGAGUGGACCAAGAAGCAAGUCUUCAUUGUCUUCACGCUCAUUCGCUUCGCCAUCUUCUUCGAUUGGGAUAACCGCCCGAGCAUGUCGGUGAUGCGGGAUAAGCUGAUGACCGUUGUUGAAUAG